AUGGUACAUAGAUUGCCAUCAUCACAGUUGACAGGUGUGUACACACAUCUAUUGUUCAGAUCACAGCUGGCUGUGGCACAGGCCUGUGGCGGACACUCGGACACUGACCUGCAGCAGUUUGGAAUCGGUGCGUGCACACAACUAUUGGUGGAAUUGGCGCAACUGUCUGUGGUGCACACAUUGCCAUCAUCACAGUUGACUGGACUGAGUUGA